AGAAGGUCUGGCUUCUGGGGAACAACGGUGAGGUGAACUACAGUAGGCUCCUCUGAAUCCCACCCCUCAGUCCUUCCUCUCCCUCCCCCUCAGCCAAGGAAAGCAGUGAGAAACGUGUUCUUUUAUAAAUAGAUCCAGCCCCAGCUGAUUUGUAAAUUCAGUGGGUUUUUUUGUGUCAAUGACAUCACCCUCCUCCCCAUGGCAACCCCCGACGAUAUCAAAAUUGCCAGGCAACGUUGGAGCUGCUCGCGCCCUACAGGAGCAGGUCGCUGCCUGAGGAUCUAAUGGAGAAAUCCCAAAGUGAGCUGGGGUGCACGGUGGAGGAGGGGCGCGCCGUGGCCGGGGCUGCCGGGCCCUGAUCGAUUGGCCAGAGGAAGGCGGGAGCGGCUGUCGCUUGCUCAGCAGCCCGGACACACCGGGGGCUCUACACCAGCUCCUCCUGACAGCAGCGGCGGACCACAGCAGGUGGGGGGAGGGCACUGCUCGGUUCUUGACAUGCCCGGGAGCAGUAAGCAGCCAUCCAGGUGACUAAGCCGGCCCACCGCCACUGAGUCACCCACCCACCCUGGCUUUUCUUCCUUCCCCCUUUGCAUCUGAUUAUUUGGGGAGCUGAAAACUUGGAGGUGUCCUGAGGCCCGCCCCUUCUAACUCUCCCCGCCCUACCUCGGCUUGGAGGAAGAUGGAACUCGCCAGGAAGCUGCCACUACCUCCUAAGGACAUGGAAGGCACAGAGGGAGCCAGAGGUGCCCACGGAGAGACCUCGGCUGGCAGAAUACAAUAGCAGACAUGGUGUUCAGGCUGCCCGUGUGUCCUCUGAAGGUUCUGGAAGAGAAGGGGAAUCUAGUCCACACCGACUGGAGUCCUUCUGGGCCGCCUUUGAGCUCACCGUGAUCUCAAGGGGAUCUUUCUGUAAAACGUGUGGCUUCCAGGGUCAUUGGUAUUUGGAAAGCAAGACUGGAUUGGCAUAGGCAGGCCUGUGCAGGUAGCAGCAAGCUUCUGGGCUCUAGACAAGCAGCAGCCUGCAGUGGGAGCGGCUGAGGCCCAGCGGCCCAGCAGGAGUGCCAAGGCCGGCAGAGGACUGGCCCUGUAAGGUUCUGGAAUCUUCCCUCACCUCCAUGCUCUAGAGAGCUGAUCGCAGAAGGGAGAAAGGAGAGGAGAGAAGGCCACAGGAGCACCUUCAUUGUUUCUACAACUGCUCUGCUGGGAGCCAGCCAUUUCCCUGAGGAAAUCCAGAAGGGAGUAAGAGAAGCCCCAGGGACAGAGUAGUGAUGCACCAUGUUCCGUAAAAAAAAGAAGAAACGUCCUGAGAUAUCAGCCCCACAGAACUUCCAGCACCGCGUCCACACCUCCUUUGACCCCAAGGAAGGCAAGUUCGUGGGCCUGCCCCCACAAUGGCAGAACAUCCUGGAUACUCUGAGGAGGCCCAAGCCUGUGGUGGAUCCUUCUCGAAUCACACGGGUGCAGCUGCAGCCCAUGAAGACGGUGGUACGGGGCAGCUCGGUGCCCACGGAGGGCUACAUCUCGGGGCUGCUCAACGACAUUCAGAAGUUGUCAGUUAUCAGCUCCAAUACCCUGCGUGGACGAAGCCCCACCAGUCGGCGGCGGGCACAGUCCCUGGGGCUGCUAGGAGAUGAUCAGUGGGCUGCUGACCCUGAUAUGUACCUCCAAAGUCCUCAGUCUGAGCGCACUGAUCCCCAUGGCCUCUACCUCAGCUGCAAUGGGGGCACACCAGCAGGUCACAGGCAGAUGCCAUGGCCAGAACCACAGAGCCCACAGGCUCUGCCCAAUGGGAUGGCUGCCAAGGCACAGUCAUUGGGCCCUGCUGAGUUCCAGGGUGCCUCACAACGCUGCCUGCAGCAGCUGGGUGCCUGCCUACAGAGUUCCCCACCUGGUACCUCACCCCCUAUGGCCACAGGGAGGCAUGGGGUGAAGGUUGCCAAGCAAAGCUCCGAAGAGGCCCGGCCACAGUCUUGCUUGGUGGGCUCAGCCAUUGGCAGGCCAGGUGGAGAAGGAAGCCCUAGUCCUAAAAACCAGGAAAGCAGCCUCAAGCACCGGCUCUUCCGAAGCAUGUUCCUGUCCACUCCUGCCACAGGCUCUGCAAGCAGCAGCAAGCCGGUCCCUCUGCCACAGAACAAGCUCAAUUCUGCUUUCCGACCACCACAAAAAGAUUCCUCUUCAAACCUGGUAGCCAAGGCCCAGUCCUUGCCCUCAGAUCAGCCCACGGGGACCUUCAGUCCUCUGACCACUUCAGAUACCAGCAGCCCCCAGAAGUCCCUCCGCACAGCCCCAGCCGCUGGUCCACUUCCAGGCCGGUCUUCACCAGCAGGCUCCCCCCGCACUCGGCAUGCUCAGAUCAGCACCAGCAAUCUAUACCUGCCCCAGGACCCCACCGUGGCCAAGGGGGCCCUAGGUGGUGAAGACACGGGCAUUGUGACCCACGAACAGUUCAAGGCUGCGCUCAGGAUGGUGGUGGACCAGGGUGACCCUCGGCUGCUGCUGGACAGCUAUGUGAAGAUUGGGGAGGGCUCCACGGGCAUUGUGUGUCUAGCCCGGGAGAAGCACUCAGGUCGCCAGGUAGCAGUCAAGAUGAUGGACCUCAGAAGGCAGCAACGCAGGGAGCUGCUCUUUAACGAGGUGGUGAUCAUGCGUGACUACCAGCACCUUAACGUGGUGGAGAUGUACAAGAGUUACUUGGUGGGAGAGGAGCUGUGGGUGCUGAUGGAGUUCCUGCAGGGCGGGGCCCUCACAGACAUCAUCUCCCAAGUCAGGCUGAAUGAGGAGCAGAUCGCCACUGUGUGUGAAGCUGUGCUUCAGGCCUUGGCUUACCUGCACGCCCAGGGUGUCAUCCACCGGGACAUCAAGAGUGAUUCCAUCCUGCUGACCCUGGAUGGCAGGGUGAAGCUCUCAGACUUUGGGUUCUGUGCUCAGAUCAGCAAGGAUGUCCCCAAGAGAAAGUCCCUGGUAGGGACUCCAUACUGGAUGGCUCCUGAAGUGAUCUCCAGAUCCCUGUACGCUACUGAGGUGGAUAUCUGGUCUCUGGGCAUCAUGGUGAUUGAGAUGGUGGAUGGAGAACCCCCCUACUUCAGCGACUCCCCAGUGCAAGCCAUGAAGAGGCUCCGUGACAGCCCCCCACCCACGCUAAAGAACUCUUACAAGGUCUCUCCAGUGCUGCGAGACUUCCUGGAACGGAUGCUGGUACGGGAACCCCAAGAGAGAGCCACGGCCCAGGAGCUCCUGGAUCACCCCUUUCUGCUGCAGACAGGGCUGCCUGAGUGUCUGGUGCCUCUGAUACAGCUCUACCGCAAGCAGACCUCCACCUGCUGAGCCCACAUCCAGGGUGCAUCUGCCACCUGUGCCCACAGGCAAAGGACACUGGGCAGCCGUUCCAUUGGCGGGGGGGCCUACCUGCCUUGUCCUCUCAGUGUUCUUUCCAAAGAUCGAAUGUGAAGCUCCACCCCUUCCCUCUUGCCCUUUUGCCCACUGGGCCAGGCCGGACCUGCCCCCCUUGGUCUCACUCCCCAGAGUCCCAGUUGCCUUUGGGAUGACAGUGACCCCUUCUGCAGGUUUGGCCCUUUGUUAUUUACACAGGGAUGCUUCUAAGAAAUGUGGAGAGUGGUGCUCCUGGCUAUGAGCCAGCAAAGCUGACAGGCUGCUGCAGAUAUUUAAAGGCAGUGUCCACAGUGACCCAGGCCACCAAGAGGGUGCAUGCUCCAUCUUCACACGGACUGCUAUUCUCAGCUAAAGCUUCAAACCCUGGAGUCCCAGAGGGCCAUGGGGAAGGAUUUCACUGCCUGAAUCCUUCCUCCUCUGGUCUGACUUCUGGAAGCCCCACUUGCACCUGUCUCCGGUCUGUUCCCUGGCACUGCCUCUCCCCUAGAAAGCCUCUACAGAACUGAGAAUCGCCUGUGUGUAGGCUGUGGGAGCAGCAAGGGGGAAAUCUUCUGAGAGAGAGAGUGGGGUUGCCAGUAAACAUUGGUUCCAUUUUCCAGGAUGUAGAGGAUAUAUUCUCCUUCUCCCUCCCUCCCUCCCCUCUCCCUUCGUCCCUCUCUCUCUCUCUCUCUCUCUCUCUCUCUCUCUCUCUCUCUCUCUCUCUCUCUCUCUCUCUCUCUCUCUCUGUGUGUGUGUGUGUGUGUGUGUAAACUUCCCCCCAAUGGCCCAGGUCCUUCCAGUUACCCACAGAGAGCCUCAGAAGAGCUGUCCACUUCUUUUCUACCAAGCUCCACUCUGAAGGAACCUGCUUUUUGGACCCGGCUUUCUGCCGCUCAAGUCUCAUGUCAUUACCUAACUGGUGAAGGGGUGUGUGUAUGUCAAGUCUAACACAUGCUGGGGGCCCUCGAAGUCUCUGAGUCUCUCCCAUACCGAGGCAGGAAUAGUAAGGAAAUAAACUUCGUUUUACCUGUCAGCAACUCCUCAGUAGCCAGAUCAGGGAUCCCUCCUCUUCAGAACCCUAGGCUGGGACAGAAAGGUGAACCACCUCCUGGAGGGGGUCCCUCCUGCCAAGGGAUGGGCGCCUCCUCAUGCGAGCCUGCUGUCCCAGCAACCCUGCGGAUACUUACCUGCCUCCCUGACCUCUCUCCCUUACCACCUUCCUGGCUGUUGUGAGACAGGGAAUGCCAAGGAAGAACUCCAGUGUCUGGACCCUAUCCAGAUAAUAUUUUUAGACUCCUCUGCUCCCUGGUGACCUGCAGUAGGGCAAAGAAAUUGCAAGGUCUUUUUUUUUUUUUUUAAGGGUCAGAGUUUUAAAAAAACAAAAACAAAAAACAAAAGCAUCCUUCCCUAGAAAUUUUUGUGACUUGUUUGCACUUGUGCCUGUUUUAAAUUAAACUAAAUGUUCGAA